GGGACCAUGGCACCGGAGCGGGGGCUGCUGUGGGGACCGGAGCCGGGCAGGAACCGGCGGAGGAGGCUGCGGAGCUGCCGCUGAGGGGGAGCUGCCCCGAGGGCCCGAACACGGGGGACCGGAGGGGUGCAGCCGUGGGUCCCUGGCCAUCGGCAUUCCCGGCAUUCCCGAGUGCCCAUCCAGGGCUUUCACCCGAGUGACCCAGCACAAGCGCCGAGGGAUGGAGAGAGCUGUUCCCAGCUUCUCAGGGUGCCAAGGGGACGGAGGCAGAGCCCUGUUGAUGCCACCAGAGCCAGGCCACGAGCAGUAUCCUCCUCUGGAGGGUCCUCAAGGGGAGGAGCCGAGAGCAGCUUUCCUGCAGGAUCCAAAGAAGCCUCUGGACAACCCCAGGAGCUCGGUGGGAACGGAGGCAGAGCUUGAGGAAGAUGCUUUCUAUGCUGAGGAUGACCUGGAGGCCGUGAGCAGGGAGGGGAAGGGACCCUCCAGUGUUGAGCUGUGCCCAUUGCAAGAGGAACCUGACUUCUUCUCAUCGCUGGCCCGUCAGGAGCCUGACGUUGCCCUGGAGGCAGAAGACGUCGCUGAUGAGCCUGAUCCUGCCCUGUCUGGUGCUGUCCCAGCUGCUGCUCACAGGACAGAACUGGGCUCCACCAACGAAGAGCAUUUGGAGUUCAAGAAGGCUUUGUACAGAGCAGAUGCCAGGAGCUCCUUGGAGCUGCGGAGCAUGGCCUGGGACACGUCCCCCCUGGAGAGCAGAGCAGGCGAUGGCAGAGAGGAAAGCACUUUAAAGAGGCUCUCUGGCUUGAAGGACUUGAAGGACUCGCGCUGUGGGAAGGAGGGACCCUUUGCUAUGGAGCCCCAGGUGGACCCUGAGAGUGACUCUGAGGAGCUGGGUGCUGGUAAGGGGGCAGCAGGGCCACCCAGCCCUUGUGCUGGGGCCUCGCUUGGUGGAGGCGAGGACAAGUACCUGAAAACAGAACCAAAGCAACUCGAAGGCCUCGGCAAAGAGCACUUAGAGAAGAGCAAGAGGGGGAUCCAGAGGGUGGACUGGACCUCGAGACCCACCAGGAGCCCAAGUCCUCACUAUAAGGAGCUGGGCAAGGUGACAGAUGUAGCAAGCAACCUGCCCUACCGGGGCCAGGCCGUGCGGGAAGUGCCUCCUCCGCUGUUCAGGAAGACCCUGAACCCCGUCCUCAGCAAGGCCAAAGCCUUGGAAAGCUCAUCCCAUAGGAAGGGGCUGCUGGUUGAGUCGGACUUGGGGGAGAUCAACCCUCUCAAUGCAGCUGAAUGGACGAUCCCAAAGCUCAGUGCUGAGCUGGCUGUGGGCAAGCAGACCUGGACGGUGAAUGCUGAAGACUCAGUGGAGAGGAUGCCAUUGAUGCCUCUGGAUCCUGCUCCCUGCAGCUCCUAUGACAUCGAGAUGAGGCCCUAUGUGUGCAGUGUGCUGGUGGAGGAGCAGGGCAAGGAGGAGCUGGGGCCUGAGGAGGACCCCACAGUCUACACCUGCAUCGAGUGCAGCAUCUACUUCAAGAAGAAGGAGCACCUGAUGGAUCACAUGCUGCAGCACAACCGUGGACCAGCCAGGGACCAAGACAGGGAUGCUCUAGGGCAGUGCCAGUUCUGCUGCAAUGAGUGUGGUUGGGCCUUUGGAGACCCUGCAUCCUUGGAGCAGCACAAGAGGCUGCACCAGGAAUCCCGGGAGAAGAUCAUUGAGGAGAUCCAGAAGCUGAACGAGUGUCCGGAUGAGGGUCGGGAUGCGAGGCUGCAGUGCCCCAAGUGUGUCUUUGGCACCAACUCCUCCAAGAUCUUUGUCCAACACGCCAAGAUGCACGUCAAGGAGAGGAAGGACCAAGGGGCCAAGAAGCUGAACCUCUUUGGAAGCACCAGCAGUGGGGAGAUCCAGGACAGCCCCAUCUACAAACCCUUCAAACCCAAUGAGCACGUGGCCCUGCAGAUGCAGGUGCCCCCCCAAAGCAGCAGCAAAGGGCUCAGCACCUGCGUGCUCUGCAGCUUCCCAGCUCCCAACGACACCAUCCUCAAGGAGCACAUGAAGUAUGCCCAUUCCCACCUGUCCUGGGACACGGAGGGGUAUGAGGAUGAUCCCAACCAGCCCGGAACCAGCAGGGAUGCCUACAGCCCAUCCCGCCCGGCUCGCUUUGCUGACACCGAUUACUUUGGCAAAGCAGAGCAGCUUUACCCACCAGCAUCCCAGGAAAGCACAUCCCAUUAUGAAGCUGUGCCCAGCUUCACCCUAACGCAUCCCAGACACAAGAGCAAUGGGGCUGGCAAGAAGGACUACCAGGCGUCAGGGUUCCACGCCAGGAAAGCGGCUCCCUAUGGAGCCCCCCAUAAAACCUCGGGGUUAUCCGGUUUUCCCUCUGCUAAAGCCUAUUCCCACUUUGCUCUGCAGCAGCUGAAAAGAAAAGGAGGAGCUCAGGCCCUGGAAGAAGGUGAUGCCCUCAGGGGUCACCCCAUGGGGCUGGAAGAGCUCAGGCACAAGUGGCUGUUGGGCAGCGAUGCUGUGAGCAUGGAAGAGGAGAUCUCCGGGAGCACAGAGAUGGAGCUGGGUGAGAACAGAGGCACCAGAGCCCUCAGCAUCCCUCAGGCUGCCUUGGACCUCAAGAGGACGUUCAGAGACACCUUGAAGGCCACAGACCCCUCACUGGCAUCCGAGGAGCAGCAGCAGCAGCUGCGGAUGAUGGUCCCCAUCGUCCUCCUGGAGGAGCUGAACCUGCAUCCCAAAGCCACCAAGAGGCCGCGGGGGAAGCCCUACAAGAAGAAAGCUCUGCUCCCAUCCCGGGACUUCCUGAUGGAGGAGCCUCUUCCCUUGGACAUGCUCCUGUUGGACCCUCCCCUGGAGCUCGAUGACCUCUUGGACUCAGACUCCCCCAUGCUGAAGAAUGAGGAACGUAAAUGCCCCUAUUGCCCCGACCGCUUCCACAACGGCAUCGGGCUGGCUAACCACGUGCGGGGUCACCUCAACAGGGUGGGGGUGAGCUACAACGUCCGUCACUUCAUCUCGGCAGAGGAAGUCAAAGCUAUUGAGCAAAAGUUUUCCUUCCAAAAGAAGAAGAAAAAAGGUAUUGCCAACUUCGACCCCAGCACCUUCAGCCUGAUGCGGUGUGAGUUCUGCGGCGCCGGCUUCGACACCCGUGCCGGGCUCUCCAGCCACGCCAGAGCUCACCUGAGAGACUUUGGCAUCACCAACUGGGAACUCACCAUCUCGCCCAUUAACAUCCUCAAGGAGCUGUUGGCCAACUCCUCGGAGCACCCGAUGCUGCAGGCGGCGAUGGCAGCGGAGCCUUCAUCCCCGAGCAGGGAGAGGGAUGCUCAUGGCUUCGGGCCCCGCAAGAGCAUGACCCCCAUGUCUGAGUGCAGCAUUCCACGUUCUCCUCUGUCCCCGUUCCCCACAUCAUGGGGAGAUGAGUCCCUGCAGUCCUACAGAGAUGUCCUGGCUCCGGAAGAGGAAGAACUGGUGGCCAUGGAGGUGGCUUCCCCCCCUCUCCCCAAAAAAAGCCUUCCCAGUGGGCAGCUGGAUCCACCCCCCUCCAGGAUAGGGACCAAAGUGUCUCCUGAGCCACCCGGGAGCAAAGCAGAGCCUCAGGACCCCAAAACCCAGAGCCUCACCACAUGCGAGGUGUGCGGCGCCUGCUUCGAGACCCGCAAGGGGCUGUCGAGCCACGCGCGCUCCCACCUGCGGCAGCUGGGGGUGGCCGAGUCAGAGAGCAGUGGGGCUCCCAUUGACCUGCUCUAUGAACUCAUGAAGCAGAAGGGCAAACCCGACGGCAGCCCCAUUGCUGCCCCAUUGGGCAAGAAGCCCCCCAAGGAACCCGGCACCGCGGCCCCGCGCCCCUCGCUGCUGGCGCUGGCCAAAGGUGGUGAGCGCCCCACGGAUGGGCCUGUCAAUAAAGCCAUCAAGUCUCCUCCUGGCUUCUCCAAGAGCCUUUCCCAACCGGGGUCACCCAUCCUGAAGAAGGUGCCGGGGGCUCUGUCGGGGUCCCCGUCCCCCAAGAACCCUGAGGAGAAGAGCUCCAAGCUGUCGCUGAGCCCAUUGCAGAGCUCCCCCAGUGCCCAGUGGCCGCAGGCGGAGGAGGAAGGACCCUUGAAUCUGACCUCGGGAGCGGAGCCGGUGCGGGACAUCCGCUGUGAGUUCUGUGGGGAGUACUUUGAGAACCGCAAGGGGCUGUCCAGCCACGCGCGCUCCCACCUGCGCCAGAUGGGGGUGACCGAGUGGUACGUCAACGGCUCCCCCAUCGACACCCUACGGGAGAUCCUCAAGAGGAGAAGCCAGCCCCGGAGCAGCUCCAACCCCGUCCCCGGCCACAAAGCCAUGGCCAAGAGCCUGCUGAGCACCAUGGGAUCCUUGGAAGCGCGUGGGCCCGGAGACUUCCACCUGCAGACCCUGCCCAAGAAGGUCCAAGCCGGCAGCCCCAUGGGGCAAUCACCUACCUCGUCCCCACCUCCCACCGCCCGCAAGAUGUUUCCAGGCCUUUCUCCUCCCUCCUUGCAGAAGAAGCUCAAACAGGAUCAGCUGAGGCUGGAAAUCAAGCGGGAGAUGAUGUCGGGAGGACUCCAUGGGGAAGCUCAUCCGUCCGACCCAGCCUGGCCCCCGCGGGAGGACAUGUCUCCUUUGAACCUCUCCUCCCGAGCGGAGCCGGUGCGGGACAUCCGCUGUGAGUUCUGUGGGGAGUACUUUGAGAACCGCAAGGGGCUGUCCAGCCACGCGCGCUCCCACCUGCGCCAGAUGGGGGUGACCGAGUGGUCAGUCAACGGCUCCCCCAUCGACACCCUACGGGAGAUCCUCAAGAAGAAGACCAAGCCCUGUGUGGUCAAGAAGGAGCCUCAUCCCUCCAGCAUUGAGCCUCCCAAGGGCCUCACAGAGGAAGGGCUGGAGCCCAAAUCCCCCGGGAAGAUCCUGCAGGGAAUGACGCUGGCUCCGUUAGGUGGGAGGUCAGGGAAGCCAGGUCCUGGCAGCUCCGGCCUGAGCCGGGACCUGGCGCUCGCCCCUAUGGGCACCAAGGGCCAAGGGGGGUUCCUGACGCCGCUGGCAGCCAAGCGCCCGCUGCAGGAUGAGCGGCUGGGGCCUCAUCCUGCUGAUGUCAAGCACAAGGGAUUCAUCCAGACUGAGCUGCCCUUCAAGGCCAAGGCCGUGCAUGAGAAACCUGCACACACGUCCGGAGAAGCCUGUUGUGAGCUCUGUGGCCUGUACUUUGAGAACCGCAAGGCUCUGGCCAGCCACGCUCGCGCUCACCUGCGGCAGUUCGGCGUCACCGAAUGGUGUGUCAAUGGCUCCCCCAUCGAGACCCUGAGCGAGUGGAUCCGGCACCGGCCCCAGAAAGCCGGCGCCUACCGGAGCUACAUCCAAGGGGGUCGGCCCUUCACCAAGAAGUUCCGGUCUCACGGCCGGGAUCACCAUCAUCACCAUCACCAUAAUGGUGGUGCACGCCGGGUGCCGCUCGGCAUGCAGGCCGGGGCUAUGGCCUUCCUGAGCAAGGGGCUGGCAGGGGAGCUGGCGCAUGGUGAGGCAGGGAAGAUGCUGGAUGGAGGCGGCGCCGGAGACAGGCCCAUGGUGACGUCCCCAUUGUCCUUGGUGAAGCUGGAGGAGCAUCAGCGCUCCAACAUCAGCAAGUUCGAGCGGAGGCAGGCGCGGCCCUUGGACGCUCCCAUCCACCGGCCAGAGGAUGGAGCUGAGUUCCAACAGAAGCUGGAGGAGACUCGACAGCCUCCACCUCGGGUCCGGCCGGUGCCAUCCCUGGUCCCUCGGCCCCCCCAGACCUCCCUGGUCAAGUUCGUGGGGAACAUCUACACCCUCAAAUGCCGGUUCUGUGAGGUGGAAUUCCAAGGUCCCCUGUCCAUCCAGGAGGAAUGGGUUCGGCAUCUCCAGCGGCACAUCCUGGAAAUGAAUUUCUCCAAAGUGGAUCCUAUCCGGGGAGAAGCUCCCCCCCAACCGGAGCCUCCUGCUAUGGCUGAGGCUCAGUAACCGGAGCCCAGAUCCCGGCUCCCAUUGGGAAGCAGCAUCGGGAAGCGACCGGAACAUCCUCACCCUUCUUCCCGCAUCCACAAUUCCCUGUUCUGGCAAAUGGUUGGGAAAAGGAGGGGGGAGGGGGCGAUCGCUGCCUCUGCCCCCUCCGGAGCUCCCCCAUAUCCAAUGGGAUGAGUGGGGGACACGGGACCCACACGAUCCCAGCCACAAGCACUACAUGGAUCCAGACAACCCACAGUGAUCCCACAGGAGGAAACCGGGAUCCGGAUCGGGAGCGACUCAGUACGGGGGGGGAUGGGGGGGAUGGGGCUGUUCCCCCUUCCCCAUUCCCAAAUCCAUUGGUUUUGUUGGUUUUAACCCAAAGAACAAACGGUGUCGCCUCCAGCGGGAUGGAGCCGGAGCCGGGGGGGGGAUGGGUUGGGAAUGGGGUGGGAAUGUCGGGAACAGCCACGUUCCCGGAAAACGCUGUGGAUUUUGUAUAUGACCCUUUAGAGUUAAUGUAUAUUCGAUUAUUUUUGGGAUUCCUGGUUUUUUCCAUAGGCAAAAAGAGGAGUUUUAGGCUGAGGUAGAUGUUGGAAUUCCGCCAUUCCGGGGUCGCAUGUUCCCAAAAAUCCCCUUUUCCCACCCAAAACGUCACCGCUUCCCUCCGGCUUCAUCCCAACGCAGCCGCCGAUCCCGAGGGAUUCACCCCCCCCCCCAGGGUGACAUUCCCGGUGUUCCCAUCGGGAAUGGGCCUCGGCGGCCCCGGAUCAGCCCCACUUCCACUGUUGUUUUCUUACUCCUUUGGUUUUCCCUGGUCUAGCUCCAUAGAAUUCCCGACUUUUUUAAGCUCUAGGUUUGUGUAGGACUAAGGAACCUUCGUUUUUAUUUGGAAUUCCCAAAAACUUCCGGAUUUCAGGAGGAAUUUUAACGAUUUUUUUUUUUUUUAAUUUCAUUUCCGAGGUUAUUUUUUUUUUGGGAUAUUUUCUGGUGAUUCCUGUACCCGGGAAUGUGGAUGA